GUACAAGAAGUUAGUAAAGAGCAAUUAAUUAUUUGAGUUCUGUUAAAUACGAUUGUGAUUUUUGACUUUUAUAUAUUUUGUAAUUUUAAAUAAAAUACUUGUUUAGCCAUAUGUGUUUCUGUAACAUAUUAUUGUGAUUACGAAAAUACUACAAAAAAAAAAAAAGAACUUUUUGACUGUUUUUUUAAAAGUGCCAGAAGAUUUAAAAUUAUGGUCAAAAUAUGGUACGCCCAAAAAAAAAAAAGUGAAGUAUGGACAACUGUUGAUUUUCAUGUCAUGUAGUUCGUUGUCUUCUUACUUGAUUUGUGAUCUGAGGAGCGGUGUGUGUUUUCUUGCAAUGCUGAGAAACUUUUGAUGUUUUAUUUAUUUUUUUGGUAAAUAACUUCAAUAAUUUGUGUUAUAUAAUCAAGUAUUUUUUAAUAAUAUCAUAUAUCAUAUGCAUUUAGUUAAUCUGCAAAAAUAUUAUAUUCUAUAUUAUAUAUUAUGCAUUACUUUUUAGGGAGCAUGUAUAUGGGGUACGGUACUCAAGGGAUGAGGCAAUGUCAAAAACAAGGAAGAAAGAGAAAAUAUGGGAUAGAAAAUGUGCAGUUGAAAACGGUUUAGAAAUAGUAUCACUAGUUCUUUGAAAAUAUUUUCAAGAGAUGGACAAAAGCAGCUGUCUCAAAUGAUGCAGAGAUGUUUUUAAAGAUUCUAGUAUAAACAUCAUAUACAGAAAAACUGAACCCUUUGAAGAGUUGUAUCUGUUCUGAAUUGGUAUAACAGGCACCCAUUUGGGUUUAUGCAUAAUAAAAUAACUCCACGAACGGUGCUUCUUGUUCUUGGUAUUUUUAAUUUUUCAUUGCUUUCUUCUUUGAAUUUUUACACUUUGCCUUCAAGUUUUAGCAUAAUGGUUUGGGUGAUUAAAGUUCUUUUAGUGGACAUUGUAUCUUGGGGAUAGCAUUUCCUGUAGAGAAGCAGAAACUAUUAUUCUUAAGAAAGGUUCCUGAAACUGCCUUAAUCACAACAUUUUUAUCUAUAACUCUCUCUGCAUACAACAUUGUGAGCUUCAGUACCUCCCUGUUUUUGUUUGUUCUCUGUUCCUAAAGAAGGAAGUUAAACUAAAUUACAUAUGCACCUCAAAAUGCAUGAUUUUCCAUUGGCUUCUAGAUUAUAGUAUGGUUGUCAUUUUUAUACUAAAUUAUGUUGUCAUGAUGUUUUAGAAUGUGUGCUUUAUUGAGUAUGUUCUUAUGUUUGAUUUUUCGCCAUUUGGUUAGUAAUAGAAAAUAUAAAUAGCAAGGAAUGGAUGAAUGAAUCUUGUGGGGGCCGACUUAGUUAAGCAUUUUUGUUGGGAGUUUUGUAAUACAGAAUGCUAUAGAUA